GCAUGUACAUAGAUCAGCACAGGAAGACCAACCUGGAACCAUUUUGAUUCCUAAACUGAGCAAAUGUUUUCUCUGCAAGGUCAAAGUGGGAAACCUCUCCUUGUCUCUUUCCUCACAAAUCCUGUCUUAAGGGCACAUUUAAGAUAUGAAUAGGGUGACUCGGUCCAGGAACUAAGUAUUUAUCAUUACAAAAGACUGGCAAGGCUCCCCAGGAAAUCCAAUCAAGUAACCUGCCAGACAGGAGAUAGACAACAUUCAAAUUUCUGUUUUAGACCACCUUUUCUGUGACAUAGGUGUGAUGUAUCUGCGGGGUGGUCUUAGGUUAUAGCCCUUCUGUGAUGUAUGUAUGAUGUUUCUGGGCGCGGUCUUGAUCUUGUUGUUGUUUAGUCGCUUAGUCCUGUCCGACUCUUCGUGACCCCCUGGACCAGAGCACACCAGGCACUCCUGUCUUCCACUGCCUCCCGCAGUUUGGUCAGACUCAUGUUUGUGGCUUCGAGAACACUGUCCAACCAUCUCGUCCUCUGUCGUCCCCUUCUCCUUGCGCCCUCCAUCUUUCCCAACAUCAGGGUCUUUUCCAGGGAGUCUUCUCUUCUCAUGAGGUGAACAAAGUCUUGGAGCCUCAGCUUCAGGAUCUGUCCUUCCAGUGACCACUCAGGGCUGAUUUCCUUAAGAAUGGAUGCGUUUGAUCUUCUUGCAGUCCAUGGGACUCUCAAGAGUCUCCUCCAGCACCAUAAUUCAAAAGCAUCAAUUCUUCGGCAAUCAGCCUUCUUUAUGGUCCAGCUUUAUGGUCUUGAUCUACAGGGUGGCAAUUUCAAAAGUCUAUAUAAGGCCUUGCGGGCCAUUGUUCUGGGUCCCUCCUCUCUCCUGCAGGUGAGGGGAGCACCCUGUUGCAACAGAUCAAUAAAGAUCAAGCUUACUAGCAGCUUUGCUUCUCAAUAUUCUCUGGCUGGCCUCUGUUAUUUUCUCCUACCAAUAGGGAACCUAUGUAAGGACUCUAUAUGGGCUCUUGGAUACCCCAUAAGGGAAAAGGGCAAUUUUUGUUUACAACAUGUCUACUAUCCAUUUUCCUCUAUUCCUUGGUGUUAUUGUUUCUUUCCUUCUGUUUUUUCCAACGAAGCAGAAAACCUGGAAAGAUAGAUUGCAUCUGACCGUCCUGAUAGCAAUAAAAAGGGCAGACCGGAGGGUUGACCCUAGAAGGCAAUUAUUGAACAUGCUGUUCUUUUUCAGGGAGAGGAAGCUAUUCUUGAAAUCUAGGUAAAAGUUCGCCGUGCGACACAGCCCAAGAGAGGACUUUGCCCCUAUGGACUCACUGCCCACCCCAGACUGGGAAGGAGCAGGUGUGGGCGGUGGUGGUCAAAAGCUAUUUAGAUAACGGUUACUCAAUUUGACCCAGCGACGCCAAUUCCUUCUUUUUGCCCAUCAACGACCAGUCUUUGGUCCCAUUGGUGGACUGGGCGAGGGGAGGGAUUUCUAGUCCCCUGACGCUGUCUUUUUUUGUUUUGUUUAGUUGGAGUUUAAACUUUGCUACACAGUGGAAGGAGGUUUCGGGGCAGAGGGACCCAAGGGAGACAGGAGGAGAGAAAAACUCAGCCGGGACGCUGCCGUUGAGUUGUAAUAAAGGCCGCUUGGCAAAAGCCACGUCGAAGGAGGCAGAAGUCACCGACACACGGCUGGGGUGAGUUGGUACGGUUUGGUUCGUGGCAGGAUUUGGUGCAAAACCCCCCACCGCGUCCGCCACCGUUUGACCCAACCUGGGCCAUCUUUGGAAACCUGAGCAAUGCAAACAAGAGGACGAAGGUCAGGAUGGAGACGGGAGGGUGGAGGGGAGAUUGGACAUUGAGUGGUGUAUUGAGUUAAGCCUGUUAGCCGCUUGAGCAACCAAACAACAAACAGUUUGGGUUGCGUCUCGCUCAGAUCCACACCCUGCAGAUCCUGCUCAGAGUAGACCCAUCGAAACCAACAAACCUAGGGCUUGCUUCCAAGUUUAGUUCCACUUGGAACAGACCUACGGACUGGAAUUAUUGGACCUAAGUUAGUCACGCUCGUGAAUUUCAGCGGGUCUGCGGCGAGAACAGCUCACGCUGGGCACAGCCCUGAUCCGUCACGUUCAUUAACUUUGGUGGGUCUACUCUGCGUAAGGUGAGCAUAUGAUAAGAGCUUGCUUGGAUUAACAGCCCCAGCUACAGUGGCAUUUGCGUUUGCUUGCAGUUAUCCCUUUCAAAGCGGGGGAACAUGUUCAAAAUUGCUGAAGAGUCAUGAUUUUGUAGGUAGGCAUGAAUUGGGAAAUUGUGCAUGAAUGAAUUCUGCUCACAGGGCCUGAAUCACCUUGUGCCUGAGCCGCAGUAGCAGAAUGUGUACUUGGUGUCAAAGCUCAGGCUAAAACCUGGUGGUUUAAUAUUGAUUAUUUCACGUAUUUCAAAUGUUUUACAUCCUUUCCUUAAAUGGAUUUGUUUAAAGCAGCUUUGCAAAACCACACACUGUAAAACCGAACUCAGCACUAAACAUGUUUGGGGUAAAAAAACCCCAAAAUGUAUGUACUGCUGGAUCGUAAUAAAACCUCCGAACUGUUUACCAAAAAAGGAGAUUUAAAUAGGACAUUAACAUUUUCAGUCUAUUAAAAAACGGUCUUGGAAACAUUUGAAAGAUAAUUAAAAUCAAUGAUGGGCUAAAAAGACUUGUGCUUAAUCUCAAAUGCUGCAUGUUUGGGUAGGUAAAGGUAAAGGGACCCCUGACCAUUAGGUCCAGUCGCGGCCGACUCUGGGGUUGCGGUGCUCAUCUCGCUUUACUGGCCGACGGAGCCGGCGUACAGCUUCCGGGUCAUGUGGCCAGCACGACUAAGCCGCUUCUGGAGAACCAGAGCAGCGCACGGAAACGCCGUUUACCUUCCCGCCGGAGUGGUACCUAUUUAUCUACUUGCACUUUGACGUGCUUUCAAACUGCUAGGUUGGCAGGAGCUGGGAUUGAGCAACGGGAGCUCACCCGUCAUUGUGGGGAUUCGAACUGCCAACCUUCUGAUCGGCAAGUCCUAGGCUCUGUGGUUUAAUCCACAGUACCACCCGUGUCCCUGCAUGUCUGGGUAGGCUUGCCUUAAAAAAAAAAUUAAAAAAUGUUUUAAGCAGGCACUGAAAAGAGCAAAGCAAAGACACUUGCCUGAUGUCAAUAGGCAGGGAGUUCCAACGUGUAGGCACUGCCACGUUAAAAUGUUGGUAUUUUACAUGUGCAGAAAAAUUAUUACUGGCACCUGCGCCAGUUCCUUAGAUCGAAGUAGUCGACUGGACACAUCUGGAAGUCAGUAAGGUGAUCUUUCACAUAAACUGGCCUCAAGCGUUAAGGGGUUUUUAUACUAGUACUGAGGGACGCAGGUGGCAUUGUAGUCUAAACCACUGAGCCUUGGGCUUGCUGAUCAGAAGGUUGGUGGUUCAAAUCCCCAUGACAGGGUGAGCUCCCAUUGCUCGGUCCCUGCUCCUGCCAACCUAGCAGUUCGAAAGCACAUCAAAGUGCAAGUAGAUAAAUAGGUACCACUCUGGCAGGAAGGUAAACGGCGUUUCCGUGCGCUGCUCUGGUUCACCAAAAGUGGCUUAGUCCUGCUGGCCACAUGACCCGGAAAAACUGUCUGAGGACAAAUGCCAGCUCUCUUGGCCAGUAAAGUGAGAUGAGUGCCGCAACCCCAUUAGAUGAGGGCGGGUGGCGCUGUGGGUUAAACCAUAGAGCCUAGGACUUGCCGAUCAGAAGGUUGGUGGUUUGAAUCCCCGCGACGGGGUGAGCUCCCGUUGCUCGGUCCCGGUACGUUUGGCUCCCGGUACGUUUCCGAGCACAAUUCAAAGUGUUGAUGCUGACAUUUAAAGCCCUAAACGGCCUCAGCCCAGUAGACCUGAAGGAGCGUCUCCAUCCCCAUUUUUCUAGCUGGACACUGAGGUCCAGCACCGAGGGCCUUCUGGCAGUUCCCUCACUGAGAGAAGUGAGGUUACAGGGAACCAGGCAGAGGGCCUUCUCGGUGGUGGCACCCGCCCUGUGGAACGCCCUGCCACCAGAUGUCAAAGAGGAAAACUACCACCAGACUUUUAGAAGACAUCUGAAGGCAGCCCUGUUUAGGGAAGCUUUUAAUGUUUGAUGCAUUACUGUAUUUUAAUAUUUUGUUGGAAGCCGCCUGAUGGGCGGGGUAUAAAUAAUAUAUUGUUGUUGUUGUUACACCAGUCUUGAAAGACCUACCUUGGCUCCCAGUAUAUUUCUGAGCAAAAUUCAAAGUGUUGGUGAUGACCUUUAAAGCCCUAAACGGCCUCGGUCCAGAAUACCUGAAGGAGCGUCUCCCCCCCCCCCAUCGUUCAGCCCAGACACUGAGGUCCAGCUCCGAGGGCCUUCUGGUGAUUCCCUCACUGCAAGAAGCGAAGUUACAGGGAACCAGGCAGAGGGCCUUCUCAGUAGUGGCGCCCUCCCAUCAGAUGUCAAGGAAAUACAACAACUACAGUGGCAUCUCAGUUUAAGAACAACACUAUUUAUGAACUAUUUGGUUUAAGAACUCUGCAAAACCGGAAGUAGUGUCCCGGUUUGUGAACUUUACCUCGGUCUAAGAACAGAAGCAGAAUAGUGGAAGGGCACCGGCAGCAGGCGGCCUCAUUAGGGAAAAGGCACCUUGGUUUAAUAAUGGUUUCGGUUUAAGAACGGACUUCCGGAACGGAUUAAGUUUGUAAACCGAGGUACCACAGUACCUGACUUUUAGAAGACACUGAAGGCAGCCCUGUUUAGGGAAGUUUUUAAUGUCUGAUGUCUUAUUGUAUUUUUAAUAUUUUGUUGGAAGCCGCCCAGAGUGGCUGGGGAAACCCAGCCAGAUGGGUGGGGUAUAAAUAAUAAAUUAUUGUUGUUGUUAUUGUUAUUUCUGCAUGGUGAUGAAUGCUGUAGAUGUGGCCUACAGUCCUGAGCUUCUGGCCAUGCUGAUUUCUCUCUCUCUCUCUCUUUCUUGCAGACAUGACUGCCGCCAGCCUUGACAGCAUGGAGCUGCUGGACCUCCUCUUUGACCGGCAGGAUGGGGUCCUUCGCAGCGUGGAGAUUGGGUCAACAGCGACAGCUUGGAUGGGACUGGAAGACAGCGUGAGUUUAAGAGCUUGCAGCGACACAGAAGCAGAGAGGGAAUCAUGGAACAGUAGGGUUGGAAGGGAUCUCCAGGGUCAGUCCAGUCCAUAGCUGUCAACUUACAGAUUUGAAAAUAAGGGACCAGCAGCCUCGAAAAUAAGGGAUCAGCAGCCAAAAUAAGGGAUCAACAAUUACUUUGAUAAAAUACAUCUUCUGUUGCGUGCAAAUGGCUUUAGAUACCUAUGAGGUCCAUAAAUUACCAUAUAGCAUAUAUUCAACACAAAAAAACCAGCAACAAUUUGUUGUUGACAAAGCACAGCUGGACAUAGAAAGGGCCCCAUUACCUUCAGUAGCUUAUUUAAGGGACAUCAUCAAUAAGGGACAGCAGCUGGACAUGGCACUGGGAUAAGGGACUGUCCCGCCAAAUAAGGGACGCUUGACAGCUAUGGUCCAGUCCAGCCCCCUGCAAUGCAGGGAUCACUCUUGCGGGAGGCACCCACACCACAAAAGCCCAAUGUCUGGCCCCUCUCUCUGCAAAGCAGUGGCCAGAGCACAUGGGGUCACAGGCACUGAAAUAUACUCGGAGUCGAGUGUGGAUUUCAUGCUCUUUAUUCAGCUCAUAGUGGUGAGGAGGAAUGGAAGUUCCCCCGAAAUGUCUGCUUUAUAGACAUUAUUUACACAAUGGGCCCCACGUGAUUGGCUAAUUCCGGGAUUCUCCUGUAGGCCAGUCAGGUUGUGGAUUCACUUCCACCUGGAGUUGGAUUGGGUGGCUCCUGCGGACCAAUCAGACUGCUGCCUUCUGGAUCCUAUUGUUCUAGGACCAAUCAGACUGCUGCAUUCUGGAUCCUGUUGUUCUAGGACCAAUCAGACUGCUGCAUUCUGGAUCCUGUUGUUCUAGGACCAAUCAGACUGCUGCAUUCUGGAUCCUAUUCAACUCAGUACAUACAGGCACCAACAUAGGGUCUCCCCUUUGGAGAGCAGAAGACACUGCAAAGACUCUUGUGCUUUUAGGGUUUAUUCGCCUAUUUACACCCUCAGUCUGCACGGAGGUGGUGCAGAUCUUACAACGUGACCCAAAGCAUUGCAGGCAGUCCUUCCUCCUUCUUCCUUCUGCCCUUCCCCAGAGCAGUUUUACCCAGGCAACCUUCUAAAUCUCCAGUCCACAACUGGUGCGAAAAGUUCCAUUGUCUUGUUAAUGAUGGCUCUCUUAACAGCCCUAGUUUGGCCAGGCUACCCAGGAAUAUCUUUGCAGCUUAUAUUCUCCCUUCCUAUCACAAAUAACCCCAAAAUCCUAGCAUUUAUUGAUUUAAUGUUUAGGGAAACACCCGCCCCCCAGUUCUGUAACACCAUGAAUUUGAACAGCUGUGGCACCCCACCCAAGGAAAAAGUGGGAACUGUAGUUUUCCAUUCAACACCCAGCACCCUUAAACUACAGUUCCCAAGCUCUCUCACCAACAGGGAGGUCAGCCAUCCUUUUUCACCGACUCCUUACCAUAUUUUGCGCCCUCCUCUUUCACCCUCAUUAAGAGGUUCUUCAAUUCCUCCUCACUUUCUGCCAUCAAGGUUGUGUCAUCUGCAUAUCUGAGGUUGUUGAUAUUUCUUCCGGCGAUCUUAAUUCCGGCUAGGGAUUCAUCCAGCCCAGCCUUUCACAUGAUGAAUUCUGCAUAUAAGUUAAAUAAGCAGGGAGGCAAUAUACAGCCUUGUCGUACUCCUUUCCCAAUUUUGAACCAGUCAGUUGUUCCAUAUCCAGUUCUAACUUCUUGUCCCACGUAGAGAUUUCUCAGGAAACAGAUCAGGCGCUCCCAUUUCUGCCAUAGUUUGCUGUGGCCGACACAGUCAAAGAUGGUGGGACAGUGUUCUCGAAGCUACCAGCAUGAGUUUGACCAAACUGCGGGAGGCAGUGGAAGACAGGAGGGCCUGGCGUGCUCUGGUCCAGGGGGUCCCAAAGAGUCGGACACGACUAAACGACUAAACAAACAACUUGCCUGUCUUUUUACAGCGUUUGCUGAAAGCUCAAGAGAACGAGGAUUUCAUCAAUUCUAUCUUGGGGGCCCCAGAUGCCACCCUCGACUCCCCAAGCUGGUCCCCAGCGGCCAGCGACAGCGGCAUCUCCGAGGACCCCAGCUCUGACCAACUGGACAGCCCCCCUCACUACGUUCCGACGGGCAGCCCGGGGGCCUACUCUGACGGAGGCUCACACAGUGACCUGGCUUACCCUGCCUACCAGGACUCCUGCCGGGCCCUCCCUGUUCUGAAAGGGCCGGGUGCUGAGCUUAGAGAAGCGGAGGUGUCUAUAGACUUCAGUGAGUGACCCCUUCUCCUUUCGCUAGACCAGCUUUCCCCACAGUGCGUGUAAACAGCUUUGCGUGGACCCCCAACCCCAGAGUAGAAUAAUGACCAGGCAACAUGCUACGGGAUUAAAGUUGGCCACAACUUUAUUAAGUUUCAGAUGUAGGGAGGCCUUGGCUUAGGCACUGGGCGUUUAUCCUUCCCAGCUGGGGAUCUGGGAGACUUCAGGGUUAUCCAGAAUGUGUGGGGAUUGGGCUGGCUCUGGAGAACAUAUGUUCAAGCAGAGAGUCCGCCCCCCGUGUUGCUGCCGUCGCAGGGGAGAGCAAGCACAACCUCUCGGCGUAUGGCCAAUGCCUUUAAUGGGGAACCCUGGUAUCAUCGCCGCAAGGGGGCAUGGGUCACUGCUUCAGGCCCCCCCCAUUUAGGAAGAUAGAUUAAAUGUUGUGACGCCAAAGUUGUGACGUUUUGCUACGGGAAAGGCGAAACCUGCCAAUGCAGCAAAAUUCCUUUCCGGCCCUGAACCUGAUAUAGCAGCGUCUGCAUACCUGUGGAGAAGAGGUUAACCUGCAUAAAAAGCCUUAACUGAGGGAGGGGAGGGUGGGAGAAGCUCUGGAGCCGACUGCCACUUUGCAGGUAAGAUUCACCUUCUCUUGUGUGGGCAGGACGGUCCCUCUGCUUACCUGGUCAAUCCCCUGGCAACGCCUCCCCAGGCGGGAUUGGGCGAUUAGCUGAGGUAGGCGGAGACCUCCAGGUAUCCAGCCUGGGGAGGAUGAAGCCAGCCCAAAUUACCAGGAGUCGCACUGGGAUCUGGGGGGCUGCGCGCGACCACGCAAAAGGCGCCCCCAUUUGAUGUGGGAAGUGGUCAUUCGAAUGUUGGUAUCGCUGGAUCAGCUGCAUCAGUUUCGUUGAAUUAUUUGUUUCAUAACAAAUCGCGUGAUUGUAAAAAAAUUGUUGCAGAUCUAACUAAUCAAAUGUCUUCUCCCUCCUCCUUCUCCAGACCUCGUUUAUUCAAUUUCCUUAUGGUCCAUCAAAAACCUUGCUUAUUUAUUUUGUCCCGAUUGUUCCUUGCUCAGAGUAGGAGGUGGCGCUGUGGUCUGAACCACUGAGCCUCUUGGGCUUGCCGAUCAGAAGGUCGGCAGUUCGAAUCCCCACGACGGGGUGAGCUCCCGUUGCUCUGUCCCAGCUCCUGCCAACCUAGCAGUUUGGAAGCACGCCGGCGCAAGUAGAUAAAUAGAUACCACUGUGGCGGGAAGGUAAACGGUGCUUCCGUGCGCUCUGGUUUCCGUCCUGUUGUGCCAGAAGCGGUUGAGUCCCGCUGGCCACAUGACCCUGCAACUGUCUGUGGACAAACGCCGUCUCCCUCGGCCUGAAAGCGAGAUGAGCGUCGCAACCCCAGAGUCGACUUUGACUGGACUCAGCCGUCCAGGAGUCCUUUACCAUAUACCGUAUUUUUCGCUCUAUAGGACGCACCUGACCAUAGGACGCACCUUGUUUUAGAGGGGGAGAACAAGAAGCCCCUCCUCUCUGCUCAGCGCCCCUUCAGCGAAGCGGCAGGAGAAACAGAGCCCCUUCCAUUUCUCCCCCCACUUCGCUGAGGGGGCGCUGCACAGCUCUCCCUCUCUGCUGAAGCCAGGAGAGUCUUGCUCUCCCAGCUUCAGCAAAAGGAGCGCUCCCUCUGCGCUUCGGAGGCUUCGCGUUGCUAUCGCUGAAGCCAAGGAGCCUGCAUUCGCUCCAUAAGACGCACACACAUUUCCCCUUAAUUUUUGGAGGGGGGAAGUGCGUCCUAUAGAGCGAAAAAUACGGUAUAUUUUUUACCUUACCUGCAUGAAUCACUCCUUUCAACGGCUAGGCUUCCUCUCCCAAGUUAAGCUCAGAAAGAGGAAAACCCUGAUCUUGAACAUUGGGUGGUGUAGUCGUCUCCGCACAGCAACGGUUUGCAGGCGUCUGUGUUGCUGCCAGGCGAUCCCCCCAUACAUUAUUGGGGCGAGUGGUGGGUGGAAAGCAAGGCUCAUGGGCUGAGCCUCCGUACGACCUGCCGGCUUGCACAUUCUUUAUUUGGGCAAAGCCAGAAAGCAGCUGAGCUGAGGGGUACCUUGCGAACUUGUCUUUUUUUACCUUGUUUUCGUCUUCGUGCAAAAUGCACCGGAGCAAACAGAUUGGAAAACAGAAGGGAAAGUGGACAUUGCAGGGGCUUCCAGAGGAUUUGUUUGCAGGGAGAUUAGAUGGCCAUUUUGCGUCAGAGCAGCUGCUGCCCUGGCCCUGUCACUUUCCUUAUCUCUAAAAACUCUGACCUUUCGAGGGAGAAGGUUCCUCCAAGACCUGCCAGCCAAUUUUAAUUGCAUCACCUGAAUCUUGUCAGUAUGUGAUUGAAUCCCACACCAAAUACGGGGACAGCCAGGGCAGUGCCUUCGGUCUCCAGGACCUGGUGCUAAGCGCAUUGCUUAGGAUCAGAGAAUUGUAGGGUCGGAAGGGAUCCCUGAGGGUCAUCUAGUCCAACCCGCUACAAGGCAGGGAUCGCAGCUAAAGAAUCCCUGACAGAUGGCCACCCAGUAAAGGUAAAGGUAAAGGGACCCCUGACCGUUAGGUUCAGUUGUGACCGACUCUGGGGUUGCGGCACUCAUCUCGCUUUACUGGCCAAGGGAGCCGGCGUACAGCUUCCGGGUCAUGUGGCCAGCAUGACUAAGCCGCUUCUGGCGAACCAGAGCAGUGCACGGAAACGCCGUUUACCUUCCCGCCGGAGCGGUACCUAUUUAUCUACUUGCACUGGUGUGCUUUCGAACUGCUAGGUUGGCAGAAGCAGGGACCGAGCAAUGGGAGCUCACCCCGUCACGGGGAUUCGAACCGCUGACCUUCUGAUCAGCAAGUACUAGACUCUGUGGUUUAACCCAAAGCGCCACCCGCGUCCUUGAUGGCCACCCAACCUCCGUUUAAAAACCUCCCGUCAACCACUUUCCGAAGCAGCCCAGCCCACGGUCAAACAGCUCUUACUGUCAGAAAGUUCUUCCUAAUGUUUAGUCCGAAUCUGCUUUCUAGUAUUUGAAUCCAUUGUUUUGAGUCCCACCCCUCUGGAGCAGCGGAAAGCAUAAGAGUUAUGUAUGCUGAAAACGCAUGGCUCACCUGUGGCCUCUCCUCCCAAAACUGGUCAUUUAAAAAUAAUCUUAAUGCACUUUAAAAAAAUAAAUCUGUUUUUCCUAUUGAUCUCCUGCCAAAGUGCUUGUUCCCUGAUUAUUAUUAUUUUUUACCAUUUUCAUUUUUUCUAAAAGCAUUUUAACCCCCCUCCAAUUACAGUGGUACCUCGGGUUAAGUACUUAAUUCGUUCCGGAGGUCCGUUCUUAACCUGAAACUGUUCUUAACCUGAAGCACCACUUUAGCUAAUGGGGCCUCCCGCUGCCGCCGCACCGCCGGAACACGAUUUCUGUUCUCAUCCUGAAGCAAAGUUCUGAACCCGAGGUACUAUUUCUGGGUUAGCGGAGUCUGUAACCUGAAGCGUCUGUAACCCGAGGUACCACUGUACUCUCAUAGGCCACCCGCUGUGAUACCAUGAUGCCAAAAACUUUUUUUGGGGGGUGGGGCCUCUUCAAGCCCUUCCCCAGAGUUGUUGUAUAUAUGAUUAUUAGGCUGGGGGGGGGGGAAUUAAUUAUUAUUUUUUAAUUCCAAAGAUCCCACAUUGUGAUACUCUAAUGCCAAAAGCUUCUUAUAUGCACCCCUCCCCGUUUUUUUAAAAUGCAGCAGCUCUGAGCAUUUUGUUUCCUCUUUUGCAGAUAUGUGGGAGGCAGGAUUUUACCCGGAGGAGAGGCAGGAACAAGCCGCCCCCCAGCUGAAUUCGUGCACCCUGACCAUAAAGGACCUUUUGCUGUCAAACAGCUGUGAGAUGGUGAGACUCUCAAUGGUGCUGACCUUUAAAGCCUUAAACAGCCUCGGUCCUGUAUACCUGAAGGAGCAUCUCCACCCCCAUCGUCCAGCCCGGACACUGAGGUCCAGCGCCGAGGGCCUUCUGGUGGUCCCUCCCUGCGAGAAGUGAGGUUACAGGGAACUAGGCAGAGGGCCUUCUCAGUGGUGGCACCCGCCCUGUGGAACGCCCUCCCAGCAGACGUCAAGGCAAUAAACAACUAUUUUAUUUUUAAAAGACAACUGAAGGCGGUCCUGUUUAGGGAAGUUUUUAAUGUCUGACGUUGCAUUGUUUUUAAUAUUCGGUUGGAAGCCGCCCUGAGGGGCCGGGGAAACCCAGCCAGGUGGGCGGGGUAUAAAUAAAAAAUUAUUAUUAUUAUAUUAUUAUUAUAAUCAGGCUAAAGCUGUCAGAAGGCUUCCGGGAAAUCCUGGUUUGCUUUUACAGUACAGUCAUACCUCGAGUUGAAUGUGCUUCGGGUUGAGCGCAACCCUGAAGUAACGGAGCGCGUUACUUCCAGGUUUCGCCACUCGCGCAUGCACAGACGCUCAGAAUGACGUCACGCGCAUGUGCGGAAGCGGCGAAACGCAACCCGUGCACGCCCCAACGCGUCUUGCGUUCCUGAAAUAUACUCAGAGUCAAGAGUGGAUUUCAUGCUCUUUAUUCAGCUCAUAGUGGUGAGGAGGAAUGAAUGUUCCCUCAAAGUAUCUGCUUUAUAUACAUUAUUUACACAAUGGGCUGCACGCGAUUGGCUAAUUCCAGAAUUCUCCUGUAGGCCAAUCAGGUUGUGGAUUCACUUCCAUCUGUAGCUGGAUUGGGUGGCUCCUGCAGACCAAUCAUACUGCUGCAUUGUUCUAGGACCAAUCAGACUGCUGCCUUUUGGAUCCUAUUGUUCUAGGACCAAUCAGACUGCUGCAUUCUGGAUCCUAUUGUUCUAGGACCAAUCAGACUGCUGCAUUCUAAAUCCUAUUGUUCUAGGACCAAUCAGACUGCUGCAUUCUGGAUCCUAUUGUUCUAGGACCAAUCAGACUGCUGCAUUCUGAAUCCUAUUGUUCUAGGACCAAUCAGACUGCUGCAUUCUGGAUCCUAUUGUUCUAGGACCAAUCAGAGUGCUGCAUUCUGGAUCCUAUUGUUCUAGGACCAAUCAGACUGCUGCAUUCUGGAUCCAGAACGGAUCCCGUUCGCAUCCCAAAGUGCCACUGUACAUGUAUUGUCUUCUGUUGAAGAACCUAGUAAGCGGCCGUCUUCGGCUUUGAUUAACGUGCCCCUUUCUCAUGUCGCAGCACCAACAAGGCAUGAACCCAUCGCUGUUGAGACAAACCCCCGGGACCUGCCAGGAACUGGUCCUGACCGAGGAUGAGAAGAAGCUAUUGGCCAAGGAAGGAGUGACUCUACCCACCCAGCUGCCUCUUACCAAGGUGAAUGCUUCACCAGGCCAAAGGGUGGACCAUCUGGUCCAUCAUCAUCCUCUUCUAGCACUGGCCAACCAGAUGCCUCAAUGAGAACGCCCCAAAUUCUGGAAACUGCAGGAGGAGAGAGUGUUAUCGUGCUUGCAGGAUUCCCACAGGCGUCUGGGCAGCCACUGUGAGGACAGGAUGGUGGCUUAGAUGGGCCAUUGGCCCAGGGGCGUAGUGGGGGAGGGGUGUCACGGUCCAGUUCACGGGCGAUCGAAGUCCCGGCAGGGGACGUCAGGACCGGGGGCAAGAUGGCGGGGAGGGAGCAGGAAUGGGGGUCCAGGAGUCAGGAAGCCUGGAGUCACAAAGUCAGGGGUCCGAGGGUUAGGAAGCAAGGAGUCACGAAGCCAGGGGUCCGAGGGUCAGGAAGCAAGGAGUCACGAAAUCAAGGGUCCAAGGGGCGAGAAGCAAGGAGUCACGAAGUCAGGGGUCCGAGGGUCAGGAAGCCAGGAGUCACGAAGUCAGGGGUCCGAGGGUCAGGAAGCCAGGAGUCAAGAGGCCAAGGGUCUGAGGGUCAGGAAGCAAGGAGUCACAAAGUCAGGGGUCCGAGGGUCAGGAAGCCAGGAGUCACAAAGUCAGGGGUCCAAGGGUUAGGAAGCAAGGAGUCACGAAGCCAGGGGUCCGAGGGUCAGGAAGCAAGGAGUCACGAAGUCAGGGGUCCAAGAAGCAAGGAGUCAUAAAGUCAAGGGUCCGAGGGACGGGAAGCAAGGAGUCACGAGGUCAGGGGUCCGAGGAUCAAGAAGCAAGGAGUCACAAAAUCAAGGGUCCGAGGGGCGAGAAGCAAGGAGUCAAGAAGUCAGGGGUCCAAGAAGCAAGGAGCCAAACGCAGCAAGGCAGGGAACGUGUUGCUGUGGCAAAGAGCUGAAGGGAAAUGCUGACCUUAUAUCCCUUCCCGGCUCUUGCCACCAGGUGCUAUGAGUAACCAGUCGACCUCACCUGUGUGGCCGCACCUUGCCUCUCCAGAACAAACUUAGGAAGGCCCCAUUACCUUCCCACCGGAGUGGUACCUAUUUAUCUACUUGCACUUUGACGUGCUUUCGAACUGCUAGGUGGGCAGGAGCAGGGACCGAGCAAUGGGAGCUCACCCCGUCAUUGCGGGGAUUCGAACUGCCGACCUUCUGAUUGGCAAGUCCUAGGCUCUGUGGUUUAACCCACAGCGCCACCCGCAUCCCCGCAAGUUGCAAAUAAACGUACACAAAACUGCCAGAGACUCAUUAAUUUAUUAUCGGAGCUUGCUUGCCUGCCUGAGAUCAUUACAGCCAAGCUGAAACUGGGAGAGGAAGGGCCUUUGCAUCCCUCUCCCACCGUUUGUGAAUUUCCAUGAGUUAAUUCACAAACCCAUAUAGAAAUGCAGUACAGAAAAAGUGGGGGAAACGAGAAAUUGAAAUGGACAUAUUUUCCCAUGCCUACCUUAAGCCGGCUGCAGAAAAAAUAAAAUAAAAAUCUAGUUAGUAGCCCCAUGACUAGAAUCCAGCUGUUAAGCUGUUUCCUUUGCACCUUGCAGUAUGAGGAGAGAGUCCUCAAGAAGAUUCGCCGAAAGAUCCGGAAUAAGCAGUCGGCGCAGGAAAGUCGGAAGAAGAAGAAAGAGUAUAUUGACGGACUGGAGAGCCGGUAUGUCAUCUUUCCGCGCCCUCUUCCUGCAGAAUUUAUUCGUAGUCUGAUAAAGAAGUGGGAAGAUAGAUCUGAAAGUUGAAAUUUUUGAGUUUAGUGUUCAGUUCAGUUUUAUUUAUACUUUUCAAAUUUAUACAUUUCGUUAGUUUUACAAUCAAUCUGACACCCUAAAAUUUGACUUCCUUCCUCCUCUUUCUGUGGUUUCCUAAAUUUCUUUCUUUCUUUCCCCCCAUAAUAUGCUUUUUAUUAGUUUUCUUACUUAACAAACACACACAAGAAAUUAACAAAAAUGAUAAAAUGAUAACAAAAAACCCCCCAUACAUACAUAAAUUCAUACGUUCUUACAAAAUAACUUUUGCCACCAUAUUCUUAAUUCCCAAUUCCUUAUCUUCCCCAAUAGACUUCCAUCUUCCUCAAAGUGUGUCUGUCUUAUCUGUUUAAUAAACUGCUUCUUUAAUCAUUUCGCCAUUUCUUCUGUUAUCUGAAUACCAUACUUAUAAUCCAUAUUGUGGUUUGCGAAAAUUAAUCAAAGAAUGUCCAGGUUUUAACUUGAGGGCACGGUUGUUGUUGUUUUAAAUAUUCUUUAUAAAUUUCCCACUCCUUUUUGAACUUUUGGUUUGGUUGUCUCCUAAUUGUCUCUGUCAUUUUUGCCAGUUCAAGAUAUUCAAAUAAUUUAUCCUGCCAUUCUUCUUUUGUUGGUACUAAUUUUUCUUUCCAAUUUCUGGCAAUUAAUAUUCUUACUGCUGUUGUAGCAUAUAAGAAUAUUCUUUUUUUCAUUUGGAAUAUCUGAAUCUAAAAUGCCUAAGAGGAAGGUAUCUGGUUUCUUUAUGAAAGUUUGAUUAAAUAUUUUAAAAUUCGUCAUAGAUAAUAUCCCAAAAAUUCUUAAUUUUUUUGCAACCCCACCACAUAUGAUAUAGUGUUCUGCCUGUUUACACCUCCACCAUGUAUUAGAUCUCGUUUUAUACAUUUUGGAUAGUUUGCUGGGAGUUAUAAACCACCUGUAAAACGUCUUCAAAAGAUUUUACUUUUGUGUCUAACAGGCCGUAAAUUUCCAUUCUUUAUUCCAUAAUCUUUCUCAUGCCAAUAGUUGGAUAUUUUUACCAAAAUCUUUCGCCCACUUAAUUAUUCCUUCUUUCACCUCUUCAUCUUUCACCUCCCAUUCUAGAAGCCUAUACAUUCUAGAUAUGUACCGUAUUUUUCGCUCUAUAGGACGCACUUUUCCCCCUCCAAAAAUGAAGGGGAAAUGUGUGUGCGUCCUAUGGAGCGAAUGCAGGCUUUCGCUGAAGCCUGGAGAGCAAGAGGGGUCAGUGUACACCGGCCCCUCUCGCUCUCCAGGCUUCAGGAAGCUAUCCGCAAGCCUGCGGAGCCUGGCAGGAACUCCCGCCGGGCUCCGAAGGCUUGUGGAUAGCAGCCUGCAGCCCGAAGACCGGGGAGCGCAGCGCUGCGGACCCUGGGCUUAGGACAGCUAUCCGCAAGCCUGCGGACCGCUCCCCCAGCCCGUAAGCUCCGGGAGUGGUGGCAAGGCUGUGCAACUGUGCCUCGGCUCCCGGACCUGUUCUGGGGGCUGGGGUCGGGGGAAGCUCGGGCUUCCCCCGCCCCUGCCCCGCGGCUAAGAAGGAAGCCGCGUGCAGCCUCUUCCGGCUGGAGAGGUUGUACGUGGCUAAAGAGGAAGCCAAGACAGCCAACAGGAUGGAUCCCACUGGCUAUCUUGGCUUCUUUGCUCUUUGGGGCUGGGGGGAAAUAAAAUUAUUUCCCCCCAAAAAACUAGGUGCGCCCUAUGGAGCGAAAAAUACGGUACAUUCUAGAAUCUCCCUGCUCCUCCUCAUCAGAGAGGAGCUGAUCUGCCUGAGAAAGCAUUCCCCAAUCCUCUGAUUCAGACAGAGACCCAGACGGACCAAUCUGCCACUCCCUAGCUGCAGUUCUGACGAAAACCCCUCCUGUGAAGUUGCUGCUUGCAUUGGAAAGGGAAUUUGCCGCUGGCACCAAUGAAAGCUUUACGCUCCGUUCUCUCUGCUCCUCGUGCAUAGAUCUUGCCACCUCGUUUUCUCAGCCGACAGGACGUUUUAAGUUUUAAGGAACUUUUAAGGGGUGACCGGGCUUCUUGCUAUCCUUUCCUACUCACCCUCUUUGCCGUCCUCCAGGAUGUCCGCUUGCACGGCUCAGAACCAGGAGCUACAAAGGAAAGUCGUUCACUUGGAGAAGCAGAACUUGUAAGUCAUUUCCUGCUUCCAUAGUGGUGUUUUUUCCCUUUUGUUUUUUAACCGGGAAGCAAUUACUCGCGGGGGGGGAGGUGGAUGAAGAGACAUCUAUACCUGCGCAGAUGUAGGACGUGUGGAGGAAUAGAAGAUAGAAAUGCGAGGACGCCAAAAUGGACAGAAACGCACCCAUCCCUGGUUAUCCACCUGAAAUAUACUCGGAGUAGAGUGUGGAUUUCAUGCUCUUUACUCACCUCAUAGUACAGUGGUGCCUCGCAAGGCGAAAAGAAUCCGUUCCGCGAGUCUCUUCGUCUUGCGGUUUUUUUGUCUUGCGAAGCAAGCCCAUUAGCGGUUUAGCGGAUUAGCGCUAUUAGCGGCUUAGCGGGCUUAGCGGAUCAGCUGAUAAGCGGCUUAGCGGAUCAGCUGAUAAGCGGCUUAGUGGCUUAGCGGAUCAGCUGAUAAGCGGCUUAGUGGCUUAACGGAUCAGCUGUUAAGCGGCUUAGCGGAUCAGCUGAUAAGCGGCUUAGCGGCUUGGGGAAAAGGGGAGGGGAAGGAAAAAAACCCCGCAGGAACUCGCAAGACAUUUUCGUCUUGCGAAGCAAGCCCAUAGGAAAUUCGUUUUGCGAAGCACCUCCAAAACGGAAAACCCUUUCGUCUAGCGGGUUUUCCGUCUUGCGAGGCAUUCGUCUUGCGGGGCACCACUGUAGUGAGGAAUGGAAGUUCCCCCGAAAUGUCUGCUUUAUAUACAUUAUUUACACAAUGGGCCCCACGUGAUUGGCUAGUUCCAGGAUUCUCCUGUAGGCCAAUCAGGUUGUGGAUUCACUUCCACCUGGAGUUGUGGGAUGUAAAACACAGGAGCAGUCAAUUACAACAUUCCUAGAGUGUACAUGUUGAGACAUGGGGAGGGAUGUUUGUCCAGCCAGCAGGUAAACUUCCUGGGACACACUUCCUCCGCAUGUGACCAGAGGUGGGUGUGGCCUCACCUGUGCAAGUAAUGAUAAAAGCACAGGGCAGGGGCAGCCAUCUCUCUCUUACUCUCUUGCUCUCUUGCCUCUUAUCUUCCUUCGAAGAAGCAACAUCUGCUAAAGAUGCUCUUUUGGCUCCCAGCCUAGAGAGGACAAAGGGACUAUCUUCUUAUAAGAUAAGUCUCCUUCUUUGGAGGUGGAGUCUCCUUCUUUGGAGGUCUUUAAGCAGAGGCUUGACAACCAUAUGUCAGGAGUGCUCUGAUGGUGUUUCCUGCUUGGCAGGGGGUUGGACUCGAUGGCCCUUGUGGUCUCUUCCAACUCUAUUAUUCUAUGAUUCUAUGAUUCUAGAAUCUAAAUGUAUAUUACCUUAUUAAGCCGUCUGCCUUCUGGGAUCCAAUUAUGAACAGAAUGUGAGUAAACUCUUUUUUUAUAUACUUUUAUAAAAGACUGUGUUCUGUCUUGUAUUUUAAGAGGGAACAAAGGGGAAAUUACCAGAGUAAUUAUUAUAGAGGUUCUAGUGAACCUGAGUACACGUUACCGUUGUGAACUUAAAAGGGGAAUGUCUUACUCUGCUGAUAUUUUGGGAACUUGUUAGCACAAGUUGGAUAAGGAUAUAAUCAGUCAAUAUAUCCUCUCCUGAAUCCCUGAACAUUCCCACAGGAGUCAGAUUGGGUGGCUCCUGCGGACCAAUCAGACUGCUGCCUUCUGGAUCCUAUUGUUCUAGGACCAAUCAGACUGCUGCAAUUUGGAUCAUAGAAUCAUAGAAUCAUAGAGUUGGAAGAGACCACAAGGGCCAUCGAGUCCAACCCCCUGCCAAGCAGGAAACACCACCAGAGCACUCCUGACAUAUGGUUGUCAAGCCUCUGCUUAAAGACCUCCAAAGAAGGAGACUCCACCACACUCCUUGGCAGCAAAUUCCACUGUCGAACAGCUCUUACUGUCAGGAAGUUCUUCCUAAUGUUUAGGUGGAAUCUUCUUUCUUGUAGUUUGGAUCCAUUCCUCCGUGUCCGCUUCUCUGGAGCAGCAGAAAACAACCUUUCUCCCUCCUCUAUGUGACAUCCUUUUCAACUCAGUACAUAACACCACCUAAUUUCUUCCCAGGUCCCUCCUGCAGCAACUGAAGAAACUCCAGGGACUGGUGAUGCAGUCAAGCGGCAAGGCAGCCCAAACAGGCACUUGUGUUGCGGUACGUGGUAGUGUGUGUGUGGGGGUGUCAUGUGGGUGUGGAAGAAGCUGGUCUAUUUCCCCUCCCCGCUGCCUCUUUUCAAGACAGGUUUUGGGAUGAGUUUAGGCUUGAAUGAGCCUGUGCAGCCCGGGCCAAUGAUGGAGAGAGACCGCGUGGCCCUUCAGAGGUUGCUGGGCUCCAAGUCCUACUCAAGAGUGGGCCUGUGGAAGUUAACGGGCACAACUAAGACUAAGACUAAACCACUGGGCCUCUUGGGCUUGCCCAUCAGAAGGUCGGCGGUUUGAAUCCCCACGUCGGGGUGAGCUCCCGUUGCUCGGUCCCAGCUCCUGCCAACCUAGCAGUUUGAAAGCACAUCAAAGUGCAAGUAGAUAAAUAGGUACCGCUCUGGUGGGAAGGUAAAUGGUGUUUAUGUGCGCUCUGGUUUCCGUCCCGGUGUUCUGUUGCGGUAGAAGCAGUUUAGUACUCCUGGCCACAUGACCCGGAAAGCUGUCUGCAGACAAACGCCGUCUCCCUUGGCCUGAAAGUGAGAUGAGCUCUGCAACCCCAGAGUCGUCUGCGACUGGACUUAACCGUCCAGGGGUCCUUUACCUUUUAAGACAGACACCUGACUCUACUUUCUGCCCCCACCCACCCCUUUCAGGUCCUGCUGCUUUCCUUUGCCCUGAUCGUCUUCCCCUCCAUCAGACCUUUCACUCGCAACAAAGCCGAGUUGGAAGGAGACUUCAUACCUGUGAGAGGUGAGCGAUGGGUUGGGUGAAAAUGAGUGGCUGACAAGCACACACAUACACACAGUAAAUUGCCAGAGGUACUGAAUAUUUGAUGCACGGAACAUCUUGUUUUGUGUUCAGUAGCUAGGUAUUGGGGAGGGAAUGAUUCAGUACAUAUUUAAUGGCAAACAUACCUAAUUUGGGGCUUCCAAACAUACAGCGGUGCCCCGCAAGACGAAUGCCUCGCAAGACGGAAAACCCGCUAGACGAAAGGGUUUUCCGUUUUGGAGGUGCUUCGCAGAACGAAUUUCCUAUGGGCUUGCUUCGCAAGACGAAAAUGUCUUGCGAGUUCCUGCGGGGUUUUUUUCCUUUCCCCCCCCUUUUUCCCAAGCCGCUAAACCGCUUAUCAGCUAAUCGGCUAAGCCGCUUAACAGCUGAUCGCUAAGCCGCUUAUCAGCUGAUCAGCUAAGCCGCUUAACAGCUGAUCGCUAAGCCGCUUAUCAGCUGAUCGUUAAGCCGCUUAUCAGCUGAUCCUUAAGCCGCUUAACAGCUGAUCGAUAAGCCGCUUAUCAGCUGAUCCGCUAAGCCCGCUAAGCCGCUAAUACUGUAGUGCUAAUCCGCUAAACUGCUAAUGGGCUUGCUUCGCAAGACGAAAAAACCCGCAAGACGAAGAGACUCGUGGAACGGAUUCUUUUUGUCUUGCGAGGCACCACUGUACCUAAUUUGGAGGUUUUUCAGCAGAGUAUGGGUGGGAAACUCAGCCAGAUGGGCAAGGUGGUAUUAUUAUUAUUAUUAUUAUUUUUAUUAUUAUUUCAAGUUCCAAGAUGGUCAAGGGCCUUAUGCCAACUAUUUCUUUUUAAAAAAAUCAUUUUUAUUGAUUUUCCAAUAAAAAACAUCCAAUUAAUAUAUCCAAUCCUAAUACUCCAAUUAAAACACAAAAAAUAAAAAAGACCAAAUUAUAAUUAUUAAUUUUUUUGAGCUCCCCACGGUCUGGAUCUCUGAAGCAUAUCUCCACAUCUCAGUCCUGCCUCUCCUCGUUGCUUCCCUAUUUUCCACAUCUCGAUUUUGACGCUUUGUAAUUCUCCGCCCCUGAGUCCACGAUUCUCAGUCAUGUCAAACAUCGUGUACUUUCAUCCGUCGAAUACGGCUUCGUUAGUAUAUAUUUUUCCAACUGUCUUUUUAUCAGCGCAGCUUCCUCCGACUCCAUUCCAAUGCCAAUUAUUUCUUUAGACAUUUUACAAACGAUUACAGAUUAGUUCAAUGUACCGUAUAUUUCGCUCUAUAAGACACACCUUUUCCCUCCUUAAAAAGUAAGGGGAAAUGUGUGUGCGUCUUAUGGAGUGACUGCAGGCUGCGCAGCUAUCCCAGAAGCCAGAACAGCCAGAGGGAUUGCUGCGCAGUGCUCCCUCUCGCUGUUCUAGCUUCUGGCUUAGCCACGUGAAGCCUCUUCAGGGCAGCGGGGAGCCUUCAUCCUGCUGCCCUGAAGAGGCUGCGCAGCUAUCCCAGAAGCCAGAACAGCUGCGCAGCGCUCCCUCUCGCAGUUCUAGCUUCAGGGAUAGCCACGCAAAGCCUCUUGAGCAUAGUGGGAGCGCUCCUGCCUCUUUGCUCAAGAGGCUUUGCAUUGCUUUCUUGUUUCUUGUUUUCCUCCUCUAAAAACUAGGUGUGUCUGAUGGUUGGGUGCGUCUUAUAGAGCGAAAAAUACGGUAAUACAGGGAUUGGAAACCAAGCCUUAUGAGGCAAGGUUGAGGGAGUCAGGUAUGUUUAGCCUGGGAAACAGAAGACGUGAGAGGCGACAGGACCUUCCUGAUGGGAAGAGCUGUUUGGCAGGGCGAUGGACUCCCUUGGAAGGUGGUGGACUCUCCUUCUUUGGAGGUUUUAAAGCUGAGGUUGGGUGGCCAUCUGCCAGGGAUGCUUUCGUUGAGAUUCCUACAUUGCAGUGGCUUGGAGUUGUAGGAGUGCAAAUAUCCAGAGUGUGGGGAUCAGAUGGGAUUACUAUGAGGAAUUAUAAAAUAUGCAUCAAGCCAUUGUGUCCGUUAUGAAAACAUGGCGUUGACUGGGUUCGAUUCAUUGACAGUAAUUUCUGAUCAAAUCCCACAAGCCUCUGCAUUUCUGGCAAUUUCUCUACUGUUCAUUUUGUACGCCUGACAGGCACGUAUCAGCAUUCUAAACACAGGCCAGUUGCUUCAUCAGGCGUCCUGAGCCAUAAAAGAUAGUAGGUAGCUUCUUUGAUGUAGUUUGUUAAUCUUUAGAUAGAUCUUAAGGGCCACAGAGCCUAGGACUUGCCGAUCAGAAGGUCGGCGGUUCGAAUCCCCGUGACGACGGGGUGAGCUCCCGUUGCUCGGUCCCUGCUCCUGCCCACCUAGCAGUUCGAAAGCACGCCAAAGUCCAAGUAGAUAAAUAGGUACCACUCUGGCAGGAAGGUAAACGGCGUUUCCAUGCGCUGCUCUGGUUCACCAGAAGUGGCUUAGUGAUGCUGGCCACAUGACCCGGAAGCUGUACGCCGGCUCCCUCGGCCAAUAAAGCGAGAUGAGCGCUGCAACCCCAGAGUCGGCCACGACUGGACCUAAUGGUCAGGGUUCCCUUUACCUUUAAUCCUUCCUUUGCUUUGGAACGCCACAGGAGUAGAUCAUACGAUUCUAUGCUUCUCUGAAAGGCAGACCCCUCAAUCUCUGAGCCCUGCUGAAUAUUCGAGCCCAUGUGCCCCUCAUGGCACUCAUGCCUUGCCUUUCUCCCCCUCUUCCCAGUUUUUUCCAGGUCCCUCAACAACGAUGCUUCAUCCAGGGUUGCCUACCCCAUGGCAAAGGAAGCCGACCAGAGUUCCAAAGAGCCCGAGAAACCCCUCUGGACCCAAUACGCCCACAAAGGCCACACGGAGCAGGAUGAAACCCUCAAAAACCUGGUUGUAAGGCACCACGUCUUGUCAAGGCACCACGACGCAGGAGAGGCCGUGGUGAGCAACAGCACCGCGCCCUUGCACGAGGUCGCCUACUCGCACUUGGAGGGACUUGAAGGCCCCAGGGAACACGUCGGGCACAGCUUGGCAGCCACGGCCUGGGCAGACUCUGGCCAGCCUAGCAAGGGGGUCCUGGAGCAGGCCGACGAGUUGUGACCCUCUCUCCCCGCUGCUUUCCUCUGUAUGGCAUUUGGGGACUUAAUAGGGGGUGGUGAUGGGGGACAGGGCUGGAUGUGUGUAGACCAAACUGCUUCUUUCCCACUGAGCAGGGACGGGGGGAAGGCAUGGAGGUGCUGUUUGCAAGAGAGCAAGCGAAAAGUGUAAAGAGGGUGGCUUGCUUUCUUCUUGCCCUCUCUGUGGUAAGCUUCAGAAAAGCCCAACUCCCUCCCCCCAGCAUCUGCGGUCAGCAGCCGGCCUUAGUCAAAGGUUUGUUGAGUCCAUCCUUACUCUGCCUGCUGGACAUCUCUCAGCAAUUCCUCCUCUGCUUUAAUAAUAAUAAUAAUUUUUUAUUUAUACCCAGCCCUUCCUGGUUCAGAAAACCGGGCUCAGGGCGGCGAACAACAAAUUUAAAACACUUAAUUGAUGCAACGAAAAACAGCAUAAAAUACAGUAUAAAACGUGAAUAACAAUAAAUUCAGAAUUCAAAAAUCAAUUUAGGGGGGAAAUCCACCCAAUAAACAUUAGAUGAUCACCAGGGCUAGCUGGCUAAAUUAGUCCUAUUUGGGCCAGCGAGGAGACCAGGUGAGAAUUAGCUGUGGGAUCCCAGAGCGGGUAAUCUUCAUAAAAAGGGGAGGGAAGGAAGGGGAAUAAAAGAUCAGGCUAAGUUCAAAUUGAAUGGGCGUAAUAGCUCUGUCUUACAGGCUCGACGGAAGGAAGUUGAAUCCUGCAGGGCCCUGGUCUCAUGGGACAGGGCAUUCCACCAGGUCGGAGCCAUCACUGAAAAGGCCCUGGCCCUGGUGGAGGAUAGUCUGACUUCUUUAGGGCCCGGGACCUCUAAACUAUGGUUGUUCGUGGACCUUAAGGUCCUCUGCGGGCCACACCAGGAGAGGCGGUCCCGUAAGUACAAGGGCCCUAAGCCACAAAGGGCUUUAAAGGUCAAAACCAGCACCUUAAAUCUGACCCUGUACUCCACCGGGAGCCAGUGCAGCUGGAAAAGCACUGGGUGAAUAUGCUCCCAUGGCAGAGACCCUGUGAGGAGCCUCGCUGCAGCAUUCUGCACCCGCUGGAGUUUCUGGGACAGUUUCAAGGGUAGAGCGAAUUACAGUAGUCAAGCCUGGAGGUGACCAUCGCAUGGAUCACUGUGGCCAGGUCGGGGCGGGAAAGGUAAGGGACCAACUGCUUAAUGUGGUGAAGGUGGAAAAAAUUAGAGAUUUUGUCCGACAUUGCCCACGUUUUCGAGUAUAUUUCUUUGCAGUCACGAGGGCUAGAAACUCCCAAAUGAAAGCUCGGCUGGGCAGGGAAAGGCAGUGAUUUUUGUCCUGUCCUGGGUUCGUCUCAAACAGUGCUGUUCCUGUUCUGCUACAGUUCGGCUUCUGGAAAAAACACACCUUCUUUCGCUGUUUGCUGUAGCCUGGAAGUAAUGUAAUGAAUUGUGUAAUUAAUCUCAACGGAAGGGAAGCAUCAGAAGAUAAUUAUUUAUGUAAUGUUUGUGGACUAAAAAAAAAAAAAAAAUCAUUGCAAAUACCACUUGUAUGGGAAAAAAUUUAUAAUGAAUUGGAAAAAAAUGUUUAAAAGUACAUUUCCCCCCCCAAAAAAAACCAGAGUCCUUUUUGUUGGGGAUAAUUCAGAUGGAAAUUCUCAGGUGUCAAAAAAGACUAUGUAAGCCACUACUGCGGCCCGUGUUUUGUUAGCCCAAAAAUGGAAAACGAGCAAGGUCCCAACUAAAGAAUGGCAACUUAAGCUGACAUAAUAUGUGCAGAUUGCAGACUUAACAUAUAGAAUAAGAGAACAAGAAGAACAUACGUUUAGAGAAGAUUGGAAAAAGUUUAUUGAAUAUAUGGGGGGAAAUUGUGUACGCUUGAAAAUGCUGACAGCAUUAAGAUAAAUUCAACAGUGUAAAUAAGUUUUAAUGGAUAUAAUAAUGGAAUACUGAAUGGUAUGGUUUCUGUAAAAAUGCAGGGAUUUAUGAUAUGUAAAAUGAACCAUGGAAAGAGAAGAAGGGAAGUCACUGACAUUUUAAGGUUGUUUAAUGAAUAUUUUAAAUUGUAAAAUAGAAAACUUAAUAAAAAUUAUUU